GCAGUCUCGGUCAUUGUGAUGAAGGGUGGGGCGGUUGAACUUGAUAUGCGUGACGCCUGGCUGUUUCCUUUGUCAGAUGCGGCCCCAUGGUGUUAGACGCUCUAAUCAAGAUUAAGAAUGAAAUUGAUUCUACCUUGACCUUCCGAAGAUCAUGCAGAGAAGGCAUCUGUGGCUCUUGUGCCAUGAACAUCAACGGGGGCAACACUCUGGCGUGCACACGGAGGAUCGACACCAACCUCGAUAAAGUAUCAAAAAUCUACCCUCUCCCGCAUAUGUACGUGAUCAAGGACCUCGUGCCCGACCUGAGCAACUUCUACGCGCAGUACAAGUCCAUCGAGCCCUACUUGAAGAAGAAGGACGAGUCGCAGGGGGGCAAGCAGCAGUACCUGCAGUCCAUCGAGGAGCGGGAGAAACUGGACGGCCUGUACGAGUGCAUCCUCUGUGCCUGCUGCAGCACCAGCUGCCCCAGCUACUGGUGGAACGGGGACAAGUACCUGGGGCCCGCCGUGCUCAUGCAGGCCUACCGCUGGAUGAUCGACUCCAGAGACGACUUCACGGAGGAGCGCCUGGCCAAGCUGCAGGACCCCUUCUCGCUGUACCGCUGCCACACCAUCAUGAACUGCACGAGGACCUGCCCCAAGGGCCUGAACCCGGGGAAAGCCAUCGCUGAGAUCAAGAAGAUGAUGGCCACCUACAAGGAGAAGCGAGCUUCGGUGUGACGCCUCUCGGCGGAGGGCUCGGGAGCGGCUCGGGCCCGGCAUGAUUUAUGUCUGAUUGACUCCUUCAGAGGUCUCGAUUUUCCAUGAAGGCAGCACGUAUAAUGCAAAUGUUAAGAUAAAUAAAUGCUAUUCUACUUUAUUAACAAAA